GGGGCAAGUAGCGCGCGCGACUCGAACGUCAGCCGCAUAGGCAACUAAGUGCGCGGUACCAAUGUAACUAUUAUUCACAAAUAUCAACUUAUCAUUUAAAAAUAUAAUAUUUACUACGAUUUAUAGUCACGUUUUUAAGUGAAAUAAUAUACAGAUUUUAUUAAAAAUAAAUAAUUAUAUUAAAUAAUAAAAAAAAAUGUUGUGUUACAAAAACAUAUUAGUUAUAUUAUGUCUCGUUGAUUUUUUUGGCGCGAUUGCACAAGACACUGCCAAAAACAGUGGUGAAAUUGCAAUGAACUUGAACGCGUCUUACACGGCAUUAAGUAAUUUAGCGGAAUACGUCUGCAGAGAUUUGCAGAUUUAUCAAUAUGAGUCUAAAUCUUUCACCGUGUCUUCGUGUCAAGAGAACGUAUUAAAUCACACCUCAGAUCCGACAGUGUCACCGCCGAGGAUGCAAGUAAGCUGCCAGUUCCAGUACAACAUCAGAUACCGUCUGUCGCCUGCAGUUGAGCCUGGUUGGAGAUUGGUCGUCCUUUUGCCAGAAGACGGUGACGUUGAUUUUAUCAAUUACGAUCUUAGAACGAGUAAUGAAGAAUUUGGAGAGGUCAGUACUUCACCGCCAGGGAACUACACUGUUUGGGUGACAGCCCUCAACAGCAACGGUAGCCAUACUGUGUGGCGGCGAAUUCAACGUAUCGGCGUCUGGAACGAAACUGGAAAUGUAUACAAGAAAGAAUAUAAAAUAGACGUUAAUUUAACACAUGUGUACAAAAAUGAUAGCACUAUAAAAGCAUUGUUUAGUUGGAAAACAGAGGAUGACAACGAUAAAUGCUUUGAUGUAAUGAGCUCAUGCAAUGGAGAUAUUAGAACUGAUAGAAUAUGGCCAAACCAAAAGCAUUAUUGGUCAGUAGAGGAACUCCCGCUGGAUGCAAAUUGUCAAAUGCAAGUAGCAGGCAAACAUGGAACCACCCGUUUCACGUACAAAACCCUUUCGUGUGAGAACUUCUAUUCUUGUAUUGAUCUAUCAAUGGCCAGGAACGUGACGAUUGACGCUGAACCAUCGUCAGGCGCGGGCUGGGACGUGGUGGUGCGGUGGGCGGCACCGGUGCGCCCGCCUUCGCGGUACAACAUCACCUUGCACAGCGAACAUGUUCGACGGACUAUGUUUGUGCCCAAAAACGCUACAAAAGCGGUAUUCAACGACAUUGAAGACAAAGGGUUCUACCACGUGUCCAUAGUAUCAAUAGUGGGAAAGAAGGGGAUACAUACAAGCAGGCGAGCUGUGUUCCCUGUGACAAUGGGCACGGAUACCACAAGCCUGAUAAUGCUGGGCGGCUGGAGCGCAGCGCUGAUUGCCGCCGCGGCGCUGGUCACAGCCUUCGUGUGCUGGAGGCGCCGCCGCGCUGCCAACCUCAAGCGUUUCUAUUUUCCUGACCCAGAAGAUAAGCCUUCGAAAUCCGGUGCUUGUGAAGCCCUCGAAGCUGAGUGCGGUUCUGAAGACAGCUGGGAAGUGCGGCCAGAAAAGCUGCUGCUGCACGAGGUGGUCGGCGAGGGGGCGUUCGGGGUGGUCCGCAGGGGCACCCUCGCGCCCGCUGCUAAGGAGGUGGCUGUGAAGAUGCUAAAAGAUUUCCCCUCUCUAGAGGAGAUUCGAGCGUUUCGGGCCGAAAUGGAACUGAUGAAGAGCGUAGGCGCUCAUCCUCACGUGGUUAGCUUAGUGGGCUGCUGCAGUGGCAGGCGGCCGCUCAUUGUCGCCGAAUACUGCAGCCGAGGGGACCUUCUGAGCUACUUAAGAUGUUCAUGGGACGUAAUGGUGUCCAAAAGGAACGCAAAAUACUAUAACAACAACAUAGAAAGCUCAGACUAUCGCAAUGACUUAUUCAAAUGCAAAUUUCAAAGGAAACACUCCAAGUUAGUUGUGAAUAAACUGUACGACCUCCAAGGCAUUUGUGACACGGAACUGACUUCAAGAGAUUUGCUGUCGUUUUGUCGACAGAUAGCUAUGGGCAUGGAGUUCCUGGCUUCGAACAGGGUAGUCCACAGAGACCUAGCAGCUAGGAACAUACUCGUAUCAGGAGACAGGACACUGAAGAUUGCAGACUUUGGAUUAUCUAGAGAUGUGUAUGAAGAAAAUCAGUACAAACAAAAAGGAAACGGCAAAAUGCCCGUGAAGUGGAUGGCACUGGAGUCAUUGACGCGAAGGAUAUAUACAACACAAAGUGAUGUAUGGUCAUUCGGCGUGGUGGUGUGGGAGAUAGUGACAGUGGGUGCCACACCGUAUCCCGAGGUGGCGGCCGCGAGGCUCCUGCGGCUGCUGCGAGCGGGCUACAGGAUGCCCCGCCCUAACAACUGCAGCAAACAACUUUACGAGGUGAUGUUGUCGUGUUGGCACGCAGCGCCGCGAGCCCGCCCGACGUUCGCCGAGCUCCACGCGAAACUCGACGAGCUGCUGAACAGCGCCUGCGCACACGAGUACCUCACGCUCGAGCUCGACGACGAGCAUGUUGGCGCGCACAUACCCGCUAGUAACACCGCCUCACACAAAUAUGUCAAAAUGAUCAUCAGAGAUAAGCUGGGCUGGUCCCGCGAGAGCUACGAGCGUCCGUUCCGCACUCCGCACUCCAAUCACUACUCGUCGCCGCCGGCGUCGCUCGCCAAGCAACACUUACAACCACAACCCGCCUGACACGAUAUCUACAUAAAUAGUUAUUGGACCUGAUGAUUGCUUUGAAUCCCGCUUAGAAGUUGUUAGAGCCAUAUUUGAGAAAUCGAAGGGAAAAGUGAAAUUAAUUCAAGCGAUAUGCUUGCUCGAAUUUGAUGUGCUUCGUUGUUUUGUUUCGUGUUUGAAUUUUAAAAAUUUUGUAAAUCUAUUUGAGUCUAAAGACUUUACUCAAAGGUUUUUAAAAUCGCGUAAAAAUUUUAAAGACUGAAUUCAACUGUUUGGGGGAAAUAUAUUGCGAUAUACGGAGUUGACGACGUUGACUUGGUCUUUUAAUAUACCUACUUUUUGUAGUUUCAUUAUUUUUAAUAUUUCUUUAUUAUCUAACUUGCACAAAGAUCAAAGCUACGAUUGUAUACAGCUUUGUAACACAGUUGUUUGUUAUUUCAUGUAUAGUGUGCACAUGCAUUAUGUAAGCAUUUUUUUUUAUGGGUGACAAUGGAAUGGUAACCCCGCCUGCGCUAACAGGAUUCGCUGGCGGAGCACCAGUGAAGGGUGAUCGAUGAGAAUGAAAAUAGGCCAGUUAGCCCAUCAUGAUGAAUUCAUCAGGAAUUAACCAUGAUAGGUCGACCUGGUGGGGUAUAUUGCUAGCAAUGAGAUUUUUAGUCUUCAUUACUAACAAUCCCUUUCACCCCCUGUAAGCAUAUAUUCACUUCAUGUGAUAUACCUACAUUGUUGAUAUAUAUAAAUACUUACAAAUUUCUAUUAUAUAUGUACGAACAAAAUGUAGGUUACGAUUUAUUAAAUUUUUACAUACCUUUUAUAAAGCAAACUAUUUUGGAUGAAAAAUUCCGUAACAGUUCUUGACUGUUCUGACUAUACCAAGAUUAAUUCUAAACCUAAAAGUUGGGAAUUUUUUCAGCUAGUUUUUUGAUUGGGUUCUUUUAACGAGGGCACACUCUUGAGAUUCAAGGGACUACACCCUCAUACAAUUAAUAGUGAUAUAAUAAAUGUAACAAAACAAAUGUGAUACAAAUAUAGAGUAGGUAAUAAGAAAUAAAAUACAAAAAUUGGUUACAAUUUCGACCCCAGAAAAUUAUUAUGCGUUUAUUUACAAAAAAAAGAACACGCUACAACACGAAUUAAUAU